UCAAUCAAAAACGUUGACGAUAGCUCUGAGAGUUUUCAAUUUUGUCUGGUUAUAGACAGGAGAAACAGGAAGAGAGAGAGAGAAACAGAGAAAGAUGCCACCAAAGGGACGACCGUCGGGCCAUAAAAGGGGCAAGGGCCAGCUGAAGGGUAUGGAAAGCCCGGAUGGUCUUUCGGCCGACGGAAGUGCGCUUGACCUGGGCAAAAUUCCAGUGAUCCUUGAGGAUCCGAGCAUUUUUACCAUUGGGAUCAUUGCAGAUACCGAGGUAACCUUGGGGUUUCUGCUGGCUGGCAUUGGCUUCCGUCGGGACAAUCUUAACAAUUACCUGAUGGUGCACGACGACACGUCCCAGGAGGAGAUCGAGAACUUCUUCGAGCAUCUGUACAAGAUGCACAACCUUGGGAUCAUCAUACUCGACUUUCAAACGAACAAGCGGCUCAAACUAGUGUUGGAAAAGUGCAAAAAUAUGCUGCCCGUGGUAGUCGUGGUACCGAACAAGGCCAGCCUGGUGCCCUAUCAGGAAUGGAAGGGUCGCAAGCACAUCCACGAACAGGAUCUCUAAGCGAGCGGAGCUCUCCAUUCCGCUCUUUCUCUUUAUCUCUUACUUGAACGGAAAUUGGGUUAAAGCAUAAAUUUUAAAGUAA